CGAAUCGGAAACCAAUAGAUCAAAGGUGCCGACAAAGAGUGAGCAUACUAGUUAUACUAUGAUAUUAUUGGCCCUCGUACUGAAAAUCUAUAGUAUACGUGACGUAAAAUAUAGAUAGUGAAUAUCGGAAUGCAGCAUGCAGCCAUGAUCGAUUCCAUGAAUCGGACCGCAGCCCUAGUGUGGUAUAGAGUAUAGGGUAUAGUUCGCGCGAACACGAACGACAACUUAUCUACGCACACAUAUCGACUACACUCGCGAAAAUACCAAAUAGUAAAUACGCGAUUAUAGAUUAUACGAGUCGGGCAGGAUGUAAUUACGCGAGAUGUCAUGCUUGAAACGAACCCGCCGUGCCUGCCGAUUAACACUCACAUUUUGUAAUUAGUAUGUCGAGAACGCGCCGUAUUGGAGAUUUUAGCGACGAAAAAUCUAAUUUAUCAUACGAUCGAGUGCCUUCGCGAUAAUGAUCGGCAACAUGUCUUUCGUGAUGCUAAACAAACACAGCAAUAAGAAAUAAGAUGUCACCAUUCCGAAGGAAAAAGUCAGGGAGAUCCUUCCCUGUCAAAGUCUGCACUUUGGAUGCAGAACUCGAAUUUAAUCUAGAGUGGAAAUCGACAGGCAGAGACUUAUUUGAUCUGGUAUGCCGUACAAUAGGACUAAGAGAGACAUGGUAUUUUGGACUUCAGUAUGAAGAUGCCAAAGGCUUUAUUUCUUGGUUAAAAUUAGACAAAAAAGUUCAAGAUCAAGGCAUUUCGCAGCAGUCAAUAACAUCGUUCAUGUUCUUAGCAAAAUUUUAUCCCGAGGAUGUAGCUGAAGAACUUGUACAAGAAGUCACUCAACAUUUGUUCUUCUUGCAAGUGAAACAAGCUAUAUUGUCUAUGGAUAUUUAUUGUCCACCUGAGGCUUCUGUAUUACUCGCCUCUUAUGCUGUCCAAGCAAAGUAUGGUGAUUAUGAUGAAGUUUCAUAUCGCCCUGGAAUGCUGGCCAGUGAAGACUUACUUCCACAGAGAGUUAUAGAUCAAUAUCAAAUGACACCAGAAAUGUGGGAAGACAGAAUAAAAAUUUGGUAUGCUGAUCAUCGUGGCAUGUCUCGAGAUGAAGCGGAAAUGGAAUAUCUUAAGAUUGCUCAGGAUCUCGAUAUGUAUGGUGUGAACUAUUUUCCUAUUAGUAAUAAGAAGGAAACAGAUCUUUGGCUCGGAGUAACAGCAUUAGGAUUGAAUAUUUAUGAAAAGGAGAAUAAACUGGCACCGAAGACUACAUUUACAUGGUCGGAAAUUCGUCAUAUUAGUUUUGAUGACAAGAAGUUCAUAAUUAAGCCUGUGGAGAAAACAUCGCCGAACUUUAUGUUCUUCUCGCAGAAAACUCGCAUGAACAAACUGGUAAAGAAACAGUCAGAUGUUGGCAGCUGGAUCCUAGACUUGUGUAUUGGCAAUCACGAUCUAUUUAUGAGGAGGCGCAAACCGGACUCCAUGGAGGUUCAACAAAUGAAAGCACAAGCCAAAGAAGAAAAAUCCAGGAGGCAGAUUGAAAGAAAUAAAUUAGCACGAGAAAAACAAUUAAGAGAAGCGGCAGAAAGGGAAAAGGCUGCAAUGGAACAACGACUUCUGCAAUAUCAGGAGGAAAUACGAUUGGCGAAUGAAGCUCUUAGAAGAUCUGAAGAGACAGCAGAUCUUUUAGCUGAGAAAAGCCGCGUAGCAGAAGAAGAAGCAAUGCUUUUAAGUCAGAAAGCGUCAGAAGCUGAACAAGAGAUUACGCGUAUACGGCUGAACAACAUGAAGACUGAAGAAGAAAAGGUCCAUUUAGAACGGAAGACUAGAGAGGCUGAAUUAUUAACGGAAAGACUGGUUCAAGAAUCGGAACGUAGAGCUGCUGAAGCAGAAAAGUUGAAGGAUGAAUUGUUGCGCGCAAGAAUCGCUGAGAAAGAAGCUAAAGAAAAGUUAUUAGAGUUCCUGAGUAGAAAUGCCUACACUGCUACCAUAACCCCUGUGCCAAAUCUAUUUCCUUCUACGCAAGUGCUUCCAUCGGACCUACAAGCAGAUCUUCAGACCUUGCAACUAGACGCAGAACCUUUACCACCUGACUUAACAUCCUAUGAUCUAAUUGGCGAUGGGGAUGUCGAUCAACUUUCGUUAGAGAUUGAAAGAGAAAGGAGUGAUUAUUUGGAGAAGAGUAAACAUUUGCAAGAACAACUGCGAGAAUUACGUUCCGAAAUUGAAGGUCUAAAAGUCGGUGAAAAGCAGUGCGAAUUGGAUCAGUUGCACGAGGAACAAGUUCGACUCGGCGAGAAUAAAUACAGCACGCUGAAAAAAGUCAAGUCCGGAUCCACUAAAGCUAGAGUCGCCUUUUUUGAGGAGUUGUAAUUCUUGAGAAACUAUAGUGUUAACACAAACGCGUAUUAAUAGGAUAUUAGUAAAGUUCAAUUAUAGCAAAAAAUUAAGACAACCAUGUGUACGCGUUCUUUUUUUCGCUCUCUUUCACACACACGCACACAGAGAGAGAGAGAGAGAGAGAGAGGGGGGGGGGAUAUCCACAUAUUAUAGAAUAUUCAAGUGUGAUACAUUACAGAGUAUUCCAUUUCUUGAUUAGAUUUCUUCAUGAAUUUGGAACUGUUUUUUAUAAACUUUCCGAGGAAGUUCCACGUAGAUAUUGAAUAUAUAAAGUUUUAUUACAGAUAAUAAAACAUUCUAGUGUAAACAUAUGAGUCAAAAAAGUUAUCUGAAAACUGAAUCAGAGACCGAAAUCUGAGAUUUUACUCCCUGGCAAACUAUUCUUGAACUAUUCCUGAACUAUUUUGACACUGAUAUUCUAUCUCUUUAAUGAUGCUACACUUAUACUAAUUUUGUCAAUUUUAAAUGUUCUUUAUAGUAACAAAUUUCUCAUUUUUAAUGUUAAUAGUUCGGGAAUGGAAUA